CCCCUCCCCCUACCCUCUCCCCCAUCUGUACAUGCAUCGAAACCUUCAUUAAGACCUCCAUUAUGACCUUCUUUAAAUCUUCCAUCAAGAUCUCUAUCAAUUCCCCCCCCCCCCCAUCAACAUCCACAUCAAGAUCUAUAUCGAUAAAAAUCAAGAGACCCUACAAGAUCUAUAUCAAUACCUCCAUCAGGAUCCACAUCAAAAUCUCCAUAAAGACUUACAUUAGGACCUCCAUCAGGACCGUCAUCGAAACCUCCCUUGAAGCAUUCAUCAAGUUCUUCCUCAAGACAUUCAUCAAUACCUCCCCCAAGACACUGUUCAGACCUCCCCCAA